AGCUAGUUUACCUUUACCUCAAAUCUAGGUCAUAGAUAGGAGACAUUCAACAAACAUGGCAGACAGUAAACCCAAAUACCCGCUGGGCUCUCCUCAAGAGCAUAUUGAAAUGUGUAAAACCCACAAUUUACCUAUAGAUGUGAUAUGUGAGGACUGUGAUGAAUUUAUUUGUGGUAAGUGUGCCAAAACAGAUCAUAGAGAUCACGAAUGGAACACUCUACCCACGGCAGCCACCCAAAGGAGAAGAGGUCUACUUAACUUUCUGAAGAAGAUCAAGGAAGAGGAUCUGCCAGGAAUGGAUGAAAAGAUAGAGAACGUGUCAAAACAGAUCACAGAAAAUAAAGAAGAAUGUGAUUUUGAGAUUCAAAAGCUACAAAAGCAUUAUGAUGAGAUAAUGAAUAGGCUAUCAGAAAUCAGAAAAAUUAAUGAACAGAGAUUGAGAGAUCAUAUGGAGGAAAAAAAUCAAAAGUUGAAUGGUGUGAAAUCUGAGUUAGACAAAAAGAAGAAAGAAAUUACAGAGACGGUUAAGUUCAUGGAGGACAACAAGGGUACCAUGUCAGAUUAUAGCUUGAUAGACAACCAUAGAGAACUGACACAACUGCUGUCUGGUCAGGAUGUUGAUAUGGAGAACUGUAAACAUUCAGUGAGAUACAAUAAAGGAGAAAUCAGUGAUGAGGUACUGGAGAAUAUUAUUGGUAGAAUUCUGGAUUUAAGCAAUAUCAGUUUGAUUGAAACAAGCUUAUUCAAGUAUGGAGAUGGACGAAUAGUUUUAUUGAGGGCAUUGUGUAAAGAUCAAUGUUACAUAAGAGAAGUAAAUAUACUUUACACUGAACAAUUAAACAAAGAAGGUGAGAAAAAACACAGAUAUAAUAUUAGUCCUUUUCAAUUGUGUGUGAUUGAUACUGGUGAUGUUUAUUUUACUGACUUUGAUAACAAUACCAUCAGCUGUCUGUCACCAUCAGGAUCUGUCUCUACAGUCAUCAGUACAGAUCCACUAGUACCAUUAGGAAUUUGUCAGUCAGUGGACGGUGGACUACUGGUCACCUUGAGAGACAUGGAAUUAGAUGACUACAAAUUAGACUCACGCAGCAGACGUUUGGUGAGACACAUCACAGUGACAGGUGAUGUCAUCCAUGAGUAUGAGUACCAGGAGGAUGGUCAGACCAGACUGUUUACAUUACCAUACAGCGUCACACAGAACAGUAACAGUGAUAUCUGUGUUGUGAACCUUACAAGUAACACUACAGGUGAACUAGUGAUUUUGUCUCCCUCUGGUAAUAUGAAGUCUAUCUACCGUGGACAGAACCUGACAGAGGAUUUUUGGGCAACUGAUGUUGUGUGUGAUUCCCUCUGUAACAUCCUUGUUACGGAUCUCUGCAACAGCCAGAUCCAUCUGCUGAGUCCUGACGGGGAGUUCCUGAAGUUUUUACUGACAGAGAAUAAAGUGUACUAUCCAUGCAGUUUAUCACUGUACAAGUCUAUACUGUGGGUGGGAUACUAUGAAGGACUUGUCAAAGUGUUUCAGUACACAAUGUAAUAUACUUAAAUUAUGAUUUAUGUCACUCAUAUG